GGGGCACACACAAUGACCUUUCCCUCCUCAGGAAGCCCUAAAAGGGAGAGGCAACCCCCAGCGAGCUCCUACCCUGUACAGAUGAUUUUCAGGGACUUGUUGGCAACUCAGCGAGGGUUGCCAUAGCUUUUUUAUGUAGGGUGACCAGAACCGGCUGAAACUGGUUUGAGGCAGAUCAGCUCCUGAACACAAUGCAGUCACUGAGCUACUACAGUGGGAUAGCAGCUUCCUCCCUUCAUGGCAGCCAAAAGCAGAGGAACUUGCAGGAAGGUACCAUCCCAACACAGUAUGUAAAUGCACACUUAGACACCACACAGCACUGGUACGUGACUAAUGGAGCCCUAAAGAGGAUCCUGUGUAGACGACGGGAGAAAGGUGCAGGUUCGCAGGAUCUCAGAGGAGCUGGGCUUUUCCUGCCUUUUGCUUUUGCUUAAGGGAAUGGACAAGGAUCUGAGAUUUAUGACCCUUAUUAAAGAAAAAAAAGCCUGUUGACUGGGGCUGCUUUUAACCCUUUCAUAUUUGCAGAGAAUGCAACCUUGUGACAGUAACUGAGCACUGCUCCAAAGUCUUUUCAAAAGGUCAAGGUUCACAAGAACAUCUGAUCAAAUUCAUGACCAUGGGGGAUAUGAAGACCCCAGACUUUGAUGACCUCUUGGCAGCAUUUGAUAUACCAGAUAUGGUCGAUCCCAAAGCAGCGAUUGAAUCUGGACACGAGGACCAUGACAGCCACAUCAAGCAGAGUGCUCACGUGGAUGACGACUCUCAUGCUCCUUCAUCCUCAGAUGUUGGCGUCAGUGUCAUUGUGAAGAAUGUUCGCAACAUGGACUCCUCUGAGGGAGCUGAAAAAGACAGCCACAACUCCACAGGCAAUGGCUUGCAUAACGGGUUUCUCACAGCAUCCUCUCUUGACAGCUAUGGUAAGGAUGGCACAAAGUCCAUAAAAGGAGACACACCUACCUCAGAGGUGACUCUUAAAGACCCAGCAUUCAGCCAGUUCAGCCCCAUCUCCAGUGCUGAGGAGUUUGACGAGGAUGAGAAGAUAGAGGUUGACGACCCUCCCGAUAAGGAGGAUACGCGGUCGAGUUUCAGAUCAAAUGUCCUGACUGGCUCAGCUCCCCAGCAAGACUACGACAAGCUAAAGUCACUCGGAGGGGAAAACACAAGCAAGACUGGAAUCUCUACACCAGGCCAUGUAGAGAAGAGCAAAGUCAAGCGAGAGACGGAAACAAAUUCCAUAGCCCUGAGUGUUUACGAGCCUUUUAAGGCCAGGAAAGCAGAGGACAAAUUGAAGGAAAACUCUGAGAAGAUGCUUGAGAACAGGGUCCUUGAUGGCAAACUGAGCUCUGAGAAGAGUGACACCAGCCUUGCUGCCGUCACAUCUUCCAAAACGAAGUCGUCCUCCAAGCUUUCCUCGUGCAUAGCUGCCAUCGCAGCCCUGAGUGCUAAGAAAGCUGCUUCAGACUCCUGCAAAGAAGUCGUGGCCAACUCAAGGGAAGCUUCUCCAUUACCAAAGGAAGUGAAUGACAGUCCCAAAGCUGCCGACAAGUCUCCUGAAUCUCAGAAUCUCAUUGAUGGCACCAAGAAAGCCUCCCUGAAGCCAUCGGAUAGUCCCAGGAGCAUAUCCAGUGAGAACAGCAGUAAAGGGUCCCCAUCGUCUCCUGUGGGGUCUACCCCAGCAAUCCCCAAAGUCCGCAUCAAGACCAUCAAGACAUCUUCUGGGGAGAUCAAAAGAACAGUGACCAGAGUGUUGCCUGAAGUGGAUCUGGAUGCUGGGAGGAAGCCUUCCGAGCAGGCAGCAUCUGUGAUGGCAUCUGUGACAUCACUUCUCUCAUCUUCAGCAUCAGCUGCUGUCCUUUCCUCUCCCCCCAGGGCACCUCUGCAGACCGCCAUGGUUACCAGUGCAGUUUCCCCUGCAGAGCUGACCCCCAAGCAGGUCACCAUCAAGCCUGUGGCAACUGCUUUCCUUCCUGUGUCUGCCGUCAAGACGGCAGGGUCUCAAGUCAUCAAUCUGAAGCUCGCUAACAACACGACAGUGAAAGCCACAGUCAUAUCUGCUGCCUCUGUUCAGAGUGCCAGCAGUGCCAUUAUCAAAGCUGCCAAUGCCAUCCAGCAGCAAACUGUUGUGGUGCCAGCAUCCAGCCUGGCCAAUGCCAAACUUGUGCCAAAGACUGUGCACCUUGCCAACCUUAACCUUCUGCCUCAGGGUGCCCAGGCCACCUCUGAACUCCGCCAAGUGCUAACCAAACCUCAGCAACAAAUAAAGCAGGCAAUAAUUAAUGCAGCGGCCUCCCAACCACCUAAAAAGGUGUCUCGGGUCCAGGUGGUGUCAUCCUUGCAGAGUUCUGUGGUGGAAGCUUUCAACAAGGUGCUGAGCAGUGUCAAUCCAGUCCCUGUUUACAUCCCAAACCUCAGUCCUCCCGCCAAUGCAGGGAUCACGUUACCAAUGCGUGGGUAUAAGUGCUUGGAGUGUGGGGACUCCUUCGCCCUGGAAAAGAGCCUGACCCAGCACUAUGACAGGCGUAGUGUGCGCAUCGAAGUAACGUGCAACCAUUGUACAAAGAACCUUGUUUUUUACAACAAAUGCAGCCUCCUUUCCCAUGCCCGAGGGCAUAAGGAGAAAGGCGUGGUGAUGCAGUGCUCCCACUUAAUUCUGAAGCCGGUCCCGGCAGACCAGAUGAUAGUUUCUCCGUCUAGCAAUACCGCUUCCUCCACUCUGCAGAGCUCUGUGGGGGCUGGCACACACACUGUAACAAAGAUUCAGUCUGGCAUAACUGGGGCGGUGAUUUCAGCGCCUCCAAGCACACCCAUCAGCCCAGCUAUGCCCCUAGAUGAAGAUCCCUCCAAGCUGUGUAGACACAGUCUCAAAUGUUUGGAGUGCAAUGAAGUCUUCCAGGAUGAGACGUCUCUGGCUACACAUUUCCAGCAUGCGGCAGAUACAAGUGGACAAAAGACUUGCACUGUCUGCCAGAUGCUGCUUCCUAACCAGUGCAGCUAUGCUUCACACCAGAGAAUCCAUCAGCACAAAUCUCCCUACACCUGCCCCGAGUGCGGGGCCAUCUGCAGGUCGGUGCACUUCCAGACCCACGUCACCAAGAACUGUCUGCACUACACACGGAGAGUUGGUUUUCGAUGUGUACAUUGCAAUGUUGUGUACUCUGAUGUGGCCGCACUGAAGUCUCACAUUCAAGGCUCUCACUGUGAAGUCUUCUACAAGUGCCCUAUCUGUCCAAUGGCGUUUAAGUCCGCCCCAAGUACACACUCCCACGCCUACACGCAGCAUCCUGGCAUCAAGAUAGGAGAACCAAAAAUAAUCUAUAAGUGUUCCAUGUGCGACACUGUGUUCACCCUGCAGACCUUGCUGUAUCGCCACUUUGACCAGCAUAUUGAAAACCAGAAGGUGUCUGUUUUCAAGUGUCCAGACUGUUCUCUUUUGUAUGCACAGAAGCAACUUAUGAUGGACCAUAUCAAGUCUAUGCAUGGAACAUUGAAAAGUAUUGAAGGGCCUCCAAACUUGGGUAUAAACUUGCCUUUGAGCAUUAAGUCUGCAACGCAGAAUUCAGCAAACCACAGCAGAGAGGAUGCCAAGACCAUGAAUGGGAAAGAGAAACUGGAAAAGAAGUCUCCAUCUCCUGCAAAGAAGUCCACAGAAUCUAAGAAGAUGGCCAGUCCCGGGUGGACGUGUUGGGAGUGUGAUCGCCUGUUCACACAGAGGGAUGUAUAUCUCUCUCACAUGAGGAAGGAGCAUGGGAAGCAAAUGAAGAAGCACCCUUGCCGCCAAUGUGACAAGUCGUUCAGCUCCUCCCACAGCCUGUGCCGCCACAACCGCAUCAAGCACAAAGGCAUCAGGAAAGUGUAUGCCUGCUCACACUGCCCAGACUCCCGACGGACGUUCACGAAGCGGCUGAUGCUGGAGAAGCACAUACAGCUGAUGCACGGCAUCAAGGACCCUGAUGUGGAAGAGCUGACUGAGGCUGCCAACGAGGAAGAAACUGACGUAAAGGAAGACGCCAAGGUUCCCAGUCCCAAGCGGAAGUUGGAAGAACCAGUUUUAGAGUUCAGGCCUCCCAGAGGCGCCAUCACCCAGCCACUGAAAAAGCUGAAAAUCAACGUCUUUAAGGUUCACAAGUGUGCUGUGUGUGGCUUCACCACCGAGAACCUGCUGCAGUUCCAUGAACACAUCCCUCAGCACAAGUCCGAUGGCUCCUCCUACCAGUGCCGGGAGUGCGGCCUCUGCUACACAUCCCACGUCUCCCUGUCCAGGCACCUCUUCAUCGUGCACAAGCUGAAGGAGCCUCAGCCCGUGUCCAAGCAGAAUGGGGCUGGGGAAGACAGCCAGCAAGAGAAUAAGCCCGGCCCUGAGGAUGAGGCCGCUGAGGGCGCAGUGUCAGACAGGAAGUGCAAAGUGUGCGCCAAGACUUUUGAAACGGAAGCUGCCUUAAACACGCACAUGCGGACACAUGGCAUGGCCUUCAUCAAAUCCAAAAGAAUGAGUUCAGCUGAGAAAUAGCCACAGAUCUUCCAUAAGAAAAGCCCUAUCCACAUAGGAAUUGAAAACAAGACUUUUUUGUUACCAAAAGUUUGCAGUAUAACAGAGUUAACAGUACUGUCUGAGCUGUCGCAAUAUAUUCUCUGUCCUGCCCCCUCACCUCCUCAAAUGUGUCCCUCCCCGUAAGUAUUAAGGCAGUAUUUGAGUUUUAAAGAGUUUGUAUAUAUUUAAAUAACUUUUAUACUCUUUGUUACAUGUUUGUAUCAGUAUUGGUGGAAAAUGUUUUGAGUUUUGUUGUUUUGGGUUAGAGUUUUCCUUUUUUGUACCGUUUCUUUAAAACAGAGUCCUUCGUAACAGGGGCAGUUCCUGAAUUCAAACCAACCAUUUUGUAUGUUAAAAAUUUAAAUGAGUUCAAUAAUUACAGGCUAACAUGCCUUUUUUAGUGUUUUUAAUUUUUAGAACUCACCACAUAACUUGUAGGUGAUUGUGGGUCUCACAACACUAGCAACUCUUAAGUGUCUUAGCACCACACUUAGCGUGCCUGUUCCUAGCAAUCGAGGGCUCCAAGGACAACAGCACCCGGGUGGGGACAUGGCCCAGACCCUCCCAGACAGCAUCUGGAGCAACCUUGCAGAUCCCUUCGUCCUCCAAAGUGAGUAAAAGAGGCCAGGAACCCAACAGGGAAUGCAGGCAUCCUUAAUCCUUCUGCAAGAAUGAGGAAGAAGGGGAACAUAAAGGGGAGAAAACAGCUGGCGAUUUUUCUGGGUGGGUUUGCGAGGCUGUCUUACAGAUCGUGGUAAGACAGGCUGAGAAAAGGCUAGCCUGCUGUCAAAGCUGAAAGGUAGUCAGACCUGUCUGUGGCUCUCUAGUCAGGUUUUGUCAUGCAGCUCACCAAUAUUACAGAGACACAUCUUUCAAGAAUAUGAGUAUUUCUCUGGCUCUUGAUAGGAACAUGGAGGCAUGGUUGACUUAACCCUUUGCUGUCUACGCAGUUGGUGUUUCCUGUUCUGGGUGCUACUGCCAAAUGUCCUGGUACUUAGAGUUGGGAUGCACAACUUUACCACCGACCUAGCAAUGCAGCAGCCUGUACUCUGCAAUUGGCCAUAGACGAAGCACUGAGCCGCCAGGCUUCUCGAGUUGUUUCAACACCCUGUCAUGGCCGCCCGAUUGAGCACUGUAGAGGUGCUCUCUGGUCACUUCCCUGUAUAGUUCUCUGGGAAAGCUCUAUAUUUUGGUUAUUGUUUUGUGUUUUCCGUUGCAUUUUAUAUCUUGUAUUUAUCUUCAGAUAUGUUUUGUACUUGUUUGUUUUGUUUUCCUAAGCAAAGAAAUCCAUUUGUGUAUAUAGACUUGCAUGCUAGACUGUAGUCAACGUGCAGUUCCUUGAAAGGUCUUGCUGCUGUUGGGUGUGCUCACUACAUCCAUUGUGACUGUAUUCAACCCAUUUCACAUGUAAAUAAACGAGGAACAUCUGGCCCUUGAGUUUCUUCAGGAGAGUUUUUGGUGGGUCUCUGACAUCUGGAAGUUUGGGAAGUGACUCGUUUACCGGGACAGGCUUCAGAAUAUUGCAGAAUCCCUUCCACUCUGAAGAAUGGCUUGCUCGUUCUCAUCAGUGGCCAGCUAGCUACUCUGCCGCCUUCUGUUGACUAUAUCGGUACAAUCCAAGGGAUUGAAAAUAUUCUUCAACUUGAAAUUUACUUACUGUUACUUGUCGCAUCUGUAUUGCGCCCGGUUGUGUUCAUUGGCACUUUCACGUGUUCCCGCAUUUGAACCUUGCAAUAAGCCUGCGUGGUGGCCACGUGGGUCUGUCCAGCCUACAGUUGAGGAAGUACAGUUGGGGAAGCUGAGCUCAGGCUCGCUCUUCACCUGAGCCCUCAUAGCUGGUAAGUGGCUUUGCAUAUUAGAACCCAAAUAUUUUGCUCUCAACCUAGUAUUUGCUCUUCGUGGUUAUGUACAUAUUGACAAAUAUUCAUUUAUUCAACAAAUAAAGUUAUGUGCGAAAUACGAUAGUCAAA